CGACUACCCAGAUCCCCUUAUGUGUUCAUUGUUAUUCACCAACAUUCAUCAAUGGCUUUUACUUGUUUUUUGUCGUUGAUUUGAGUUUCUGUCACUCUAUUUUUGUCAUUGACAUUGUAUUUAUCAAUACCCCUUUAUAUCAUUUUCAUUGCUAUUAAUAUGUCUUAAUUGUAAGCAUCAUUAUUGGUCUAACAUCAUCGACUUAGAGUAAAGUCUGGUCCUUGACAUUAUCAAUGCUCCGUUUUGUCUCUGAGAACAGAUAUCGGGUCAAAGAUUAGCUGAUAGGCAAAGAGACUGUACAGUUUGUUGGUGGUGAAGAAGGAUAGCGAUAAGCGGGUCGGUGUCGGUGUCGGUGUUUAUUGUCUUCGAUGGCAGACUUGGUUGGGCCGAGGUUGUACAGUUGCUGUAAUUGCCGAAACCAUGUAGCCCUUCACGAUGAUAUCAUUUCUAAAUCUUUUCAGGGGAGAAAUGGUCGAGCUUUUCUGUUCUCUCAUGUGAUGAACGUUACAGUAGGACGCAAAGAGGACAGGCAGCUCAUGACGGGUCUCCACACCGUAGCUGAUGUCUGCUGCUACGAUUGCCGUGAGGUGCUUGGUUGGAAGUAUGAGCGAGCCUACGAGGAAACACAGAAGUACAAGGAAGGGAAGUUCAUACUUGAGAAGUCAAAAAUAGUCAAGGAAAACUGGUAGUACCCACGAAAUCUUCGGCUUAUUUAUCCUUAUGCAAGUUUAAGUGUAUUGAUGCUUCUAUGUGUUUAUCUUAUCCAAAGAAUUCACAUCAAUUGGAAAUAUUCAAUCAUUGUUCCUUGCUGUGCAUUCUAGGGUAUUCUCUGUAAAAUGUAUUGGAGAUUAUUGAUUUGUUAAUAAAUUGUGAAUAGUUCUCUUCA